AUGGCGGCGGAUCUGAACCUGGAGUGGAUCUGCUGCCUGUUCUGGUCCUGGACUUAUGGGAUCACCAGGGGCGGCCGAGUCUUCUUCAUCAAUGAGGAGGCCAAGAGCACCACCUGGCUGCACCCUGUCACUGGCGAGGCCGUGGUCACCGGACACCGGCGGCAGAGCACAGAUUUGCCUACUGGCUGGGAGGAAGCAUAWACUUUUGAAGGUGCAAGAUACUAUAUAAACCGUGGUAUCCGAUAUGAAGGGUGGGUCCGGUCAGUCUCUCCCAGGUCCUACCUCAGUUCUCUGCCCACUGCCUAUGGAGGCUCGGUUUGCAUCACUCAAAAGGUUCACGGAGGAACUGAAGGGUUGAUUCUCUAUUCUGCUGGAGCGUCUCUGUAG